GGCUGGGCUGUUUCCGGCGCACACCCGCCGCCGCACGGAGACGGGGCUGCGCUAGCUGGUGAAGUCGCAACGGCCUUGGGGGCCAUGGAGCCUCAGCCCGGCUGAUUGCUUCCCUCUCCCACCCCCCGUGCUGGGGGGUCGGGUCCGGCCGGCUCCGCGGGGCUGGGGCGAAGGGAACAAACCGGUUCCGACCCCUCUGGCCGCCCGGUACCAUGUCGCUGCCCCCUGCAGCGUAGCGGUUCCGUUUUCACACGUGGUCGCACUGGGCAGCGCUGCGGCGCAGCCGGAAGACACGUUCCCCGUGUGACCUCGGGGGCUUUGUAAGGGGGCAGGACUCUCCCCUUUGCCCUUGAGGGAGUGCAGAGGCAUUUCAGCCGGAGAUAGAGGGACCCUGCUUCAUUCAGUGCUCAGGUGACCUCUGGCCAGUCAAACAAGCGGCUCUUCAAUAUUUUGUUUCCUCCUCACUGUUCGAUGGGUGCCCAGGCCUUCUUCCUGGGUACACCACCCAGCCCCUGCCCUGAAUAGAGAAUUGCUGAUUUCCUCCUGGGCUUUUCUAUGGCGUGCAGAAAUAGAGUAUCUGAGAGCCUGUCAAAUAUUGAUGAAUUUAUCUUCUCAACACUUCUAUAAGCGAGAGGCGGGUAUUACCCCCAUGUUACAGGUGCUGCAGGGAACCAGCCAGGGCUGUCCACUGCCCCCUCCCUCCCCACAAGGCCCGGAGACAUCCCCCACAGUACCCAGAUGGCUCGACAGGACAAGCCCAAGGACCAGUUUCAUGCUGUAGGAAUCAUCAUCUUCAUCCUGGGUCUGGGCACCCUCCUGCCCUGGAACUUCUUCAUCACGGCCAUCCCGUAUUUCCAGGCCCGGCUAAUUGUGGGGACCAGCUUGUCCGUGGGCCCGGGUGGGAACAGCUCUGGGAUGCAGCCAGCCCCAGCCCGGGAUGACUUUGACUUCAACAACUGGCUCACGCUGCUCUCCCAGCUUCCGCUGCUUCUCUUCACCCUGCUCAACUCCUUCCUCUACCAAUGCAUCCCGGACAAGGUGCGGGUCCUCGGCAGCAUGAGUGGCAUCCUCCUCCUCUUCAUCCUCACGGCCGUGCUGGUCAGGGUGGAAAUGCCCCCCCACAGCUUCUUCUCCAUCACCAUAGGCUCUGUGUGGUUCAUUAACUCCUUCUGCGCUGUCCUGCAAGGCAGCCUGUUCGGGCAGCUGGGCACUCUGCCCCAGGGCUACAGCACACGCUUCCUGAGUGGCCAGGGCAUGGCCGGGACCUUCGCCGCCAGUGCCAUGCUGCUUUCCAUGGCUAGUGGUGUGGAUGCGCAGACGUCUGCCCUGAGCUACUUCAUCACCCCCUGUGUCGGGACCCUGAUCUCCAUUGUCUGCUAUCUGAUGCUGCCCCGUAUGGCUUUCUUCCGUCACUACAUGGAGCGGAGUUGGCAGCGUGACCCACGCAAUGAGUUGGAGACCAAGGCUGGGCUGCUGGGCCCUGAGGAACAGAGUGGGGACCAGUUGGAGAGGCCUGGGGAGGAGCCGCAGGGCCCGGAGAAGCCAAUGGUGGGAAUGGUUAAUGGGACGUUCAGGACAUUGGAAGAGAUCAGCGUGGAGAGCUCCGGGAAGGGAGCCUUCGCCCUGCACAAUGGGACUGCCGCCAAUUCCCAGAACAGAGGGCCGGGACCAGAGAGACCGUCGGUGUUCGGUGUGCUCCGAAAGAUCUGGCUGCUGGCACUCUGCAUUGUCAUGGUUUUCACUGUCACCCUGUCCGUGUUCCCUGCCAUCACUGCUACCGUCACCAGCACCUCGGAGAGCAGGCAGUGGAGUGAGUUCUUCACCCCUGUCUGCUGCUUCUUGUUGUUCAACGUGAUGGACUGGAUGGGCCGCAGCGUCACCUCAUGCUGCCUCUGGCCAGAGAAGAGGCUAUGGCUACUCCCCCUGCUGGUGGGCCUGCGCUUCCUGUUUGUGCCUCUGCUGAUGCUGUGCCAGGCCGAGCCCCGCACCCGCCUGCCCGUGCUCUUCCACCAGGAUGCCUGGUUCAUCCUCUUCAUGCUGCCUUUCUCCCUCUCCAAUGGCUACUUCGUCUCGCUCACCAUGUGCCUCGCCCCCAAGCAGGUGCUGCCGCAGGAGAGCGAGCUGGCUGGAGCCAUCAUGACCUUCUUCCUGGCACUUGGGCUGUCGUGUGGGGCGGGGCUCUCCUUCCUCCUCAAGGCCCUGCUGUGAGCCCUCAGAUCCAUCCCUCAUCUUUCUGCAGCAUCCACCAUCACCAGCGGCUCGUCUGAGUGCACCCCAUCAAACUGGGGGGCUUGGAAUAGGAGGGACAGGGGGGCUUUGCAUAGGAGGGGGGCUGGUACCUCUUGACUUCCCCCUUUCUUUCCAUGGGCAUCAUCUCAGCCUGGUGGGUGUAAAGAUUAGUAUCCUGUCUCCUGUUGCAAGGCAGAUACCCCAUCAGGGGUUGCCCCCCCACCACCAUUCCAUAGGAAUUCCAGCAAAGGGAAUGUCUAUAGAAUGGUGUGGAGGGGGAGGAAAGGGUUAAUGUAAAGAGAUAUCGGGGUUUUUAAUGUAUUUAUUUGUGGGGCUCCUGGGCUGAUUUUGGCUGGCUCCUGAGCCCAUGAGGUGUCAUGGGUUACACAAAGGGACACCAUUGCAUACCACUUUGCCUGGAGAUUCAGAUAGAGCCCAGGACUCCUGGGUUCUGUCUCCAACUCCUGCCCCUUCACCCUGGGGUUGAGGAAGGAGAGGACCCCAAGGGUUGCUGGGGCUUUGCCUCUGCUGCAGAAACGCACAUCCAAGCCAGACUGCUGGCUGGGCUCUAAAGGGUUAAAUAUCCCCUCUCUCCUGACCCCCAUAAGGGUCUUGGCUCCUGACUGGCAAAUGCCUUUAGAGGGAAUAUUGCCUAAUGGGUAGGACAGGAGAUGGGAGCAAGGACACCUGGGUUCUGUCACCAUCUCUGGGGGGUGCAUGCUGGCCAGUUGAUUGUAAACUCUUUGGGGCAAGGUCUUGUCUGGGCUCUAAAGUGCCUACUAUGCUUUAGGUCAGUGGUUCUCAAACUUCUGUCCUGGUCACCUCUUUCACACAGCAAGCUUCUGAGUGCGAACCCCCCUUAGAAAUUAAAAACACUUUUUUGUGUAUUUAACACUAUUAUAAAUACUAGAGGUUUGGGGGUGGAGGUUGAGAGCUCAUGACCCCCCAUGUAAUAACCUCACGACGACCUCCAGUUUGAGAACCCCCUGCCUUAGGUGCUAGAUAAAUAAUAGUAGAGUAGGUGUGGCUGAGACCCAGGACUCUUGGGUUCUACUCUGGGCUCAGGGAGGGGCUGAGAGCUGGUCACAUCAGGGGAAACCGACAUACAGAGUAAUCUGCGUUUGUAAAGCACUUUGGAGUCCCUUAGUGGAAGGUGCUGAAGGACAAUAAUCUCAUGGCCUGGAUAAGGGACUUCCCUCCCAACCCCUGCUGGCCCCAGUUCUUCAGCCUGCCAGCCAGGUCUCCAUGAGCACCCCAGGACUGGCACAUCCCCUCCUGGCAGCGCCCUGGGGCACUGCCUGCUGCAGCGUCCAAAGAAGGGAAAGAAACCUCUUUUGUUGUUAUCUUUCUGGUGCAUAAAGGUUUAAUUUCUCCACUGGAACCUCUGCCCCUUUGUGUCUUCCCCCAGAUUCUUCUCUGCACCUUUAGGACUUUAUGGUAGUUAGAUUCGCCCCCUUUUGGAUCCGAACCUUGGACCUCCCGAGCCAAAGGAGUGAUUCCUCUAGCAGGCAUCAGUAGCCAUGGCCCAGCUGCUAGCAGGCAGCUUUGUGCUACUGGAAGAGCUCAAGGGUGGCUCAUGGGCAGGUCUGGUGACUCAGCAGACCUGGGUUUGGUUCCCUGCUGUGCCCUGUAUUCCCUGCAUGUCCCUUAGCCUCUGUGCCUCAAUUUCCCCAUCUGUACAAUGGAGAUAUUAGCACUGCCCUGCCCUCCCUGGGGCACGAGGGUAUAUUCAAUUCAUUUUGUGAUGUGCCCAGAUACCAUGGUGGCAGGUGCAAUAGAAAUCCCUGUGAGAGAGAAGGAUAUGGCGGCAUUUUUCCCCUUUGGCUUUAUUGUGUAUGUGGGGCUGGGGUGGCUGUUUUACUGUAUUUCAUAGGCUGCUUUUUGCUCUUUUUAAUAAGUUUGAUUUUUUUUUUUUCAAUAAAAGUGAUGAGGUUUUUUUAAAA